AUGAAUAAGACUUACAGUGUGAUAGAAAGUAAAAUAGAUACUUACAAGAAACUGAGGCACCCCGCCGCCGCGCUGGCCGGGGCAGAAGCCCGGUUGCCCACCGCCACCGCUGCCGCCCUUAAUAAUGGAGACGUUAAAGGGGAGAGGCCUUUCUGCCGGCCGAAGGGCGAGACCUCGCGCGCGCCCUGCCCCAGGGCCGGCACGCGUGUGCCACGACACGUACGUGGGCGGCGGCUGGGGGCGGCUGGGGGCGGCGACUGCACGCCGCCGCCACCGCCGCCUCCACCACCCCUGCUUCUUACGCCGUUUAAUGGCCCUAGUUGGCCGGGGGCGGCGCCGCUGCCGCCUCCAGCAUUGUUCACCGGCGCCGCAAUGCCCCCGCGGCCCACAAAGGGCGGCCGACAGGUCGGCGUCGCCCGGGAGGCCCGCGCGCCGCAUUCAGCGGAGGCGGCGCCGCUGCAGUUAUAA